UUCGAUUUUCGAGCAACCUGGCCGUCUUUUCCUGAUUCCCCCGGCGCCGAUCACUUCCCCGUCGUCCCUUACAUUGAAAUAGCCAUGAGGAGAAAUCCGCUUUCAUCCAUUACAUCUGCCCACACUUCAAUCGUAGCAUCACUACUCUCAUUCACUCAUCUCCAAUCUCUAAUCCUCUAUCGCACUUCUCCGACCAACAAUCAAUAUCUUCGUCGGAAAUCCACAAACCACACCGAACCCCUAUAUCCAACUGGGAAACCUCAUCGUCUGCCCAUUCCGACUCGAACUUCCGAUGAUUAUUACCCGAACCUAGUCGCGGAGACUCUGUCUUGUUACAACAAUGACUGGAAAACUGCUUUGGAGUUCUUCAAUUGGGUUGAAUCACAGCGAGGGUUCGAACACACCACCGAGACCUACAAUCAAAUAAUCAGCGUUCUCGGUAAGUUCUUCGAGUUCGACAUAGCUUGGAAAUUUAUAUAUAUAAUGAGAAAUUCGGUAGCUUCCAAGCCAGAUCACACCACUUUCCGUAUAAUGUUUAAUCGCUAUGUUCGAGCUCACCUAAUCAACGAAGCUAUUGAUACGUUUGAUAAAUUAGAUGAUUUCAACUUAAAAGAUAGUGUUUCUUUCUCCAAUUUGGUUGACGCUCUAUGCGAGUAUAAACACGUGAUUGAAGCUCAAGAGUUGUGUUUUGUGAAUGGGAAAGACUACGAGAGAUUCUUACGUCUAGACACGAAGAUUCAUAACAUGAUACUUCGCGGGUUCUUUAAGAUGAACUGGUGGGGGAAAUGCAAGGAGUUUUGGGAAGAAAUGGAUAGAAGGGGAGUGGAAAAGGAUAUUUUUUCCUAUUCCAUUUACAUGGAUGUUCAAUGCAAGAGUGGGAAGCCAUGGAAAGCUGUGAAGCUCUUCAAGGAAAUGAAGAAGAGAGGGAUAGAGCCAGACGUGGUGGCAUAUAACACCGCCAUUCAAGCCCUUGGGAUCUCAGAUGGAGUUGAUGUGGGUGUUAAGCUUUUCAAAGAGAUGAUUGAAUUGGGUUGUGAACCAAACGUGAUUACAUUCAACACAAUUUUGAAGCUUUUGUGUGAAAACAUGAGGUAUAAGGAUGCAUUCAAGGUGCUAGGCCUAAUGUCUAAGAAGGGUUGUGAACCAAAUGUGACCACUUACCAUUACUUUUUCAGAUGUCUGGAGAAGCCAAAAGAGAUACUAAAGAUGUUUGAUAGAAUGACCGAGAGAGGUAUCAAGCCUAGGAUGGAUACAUAUGUGAUGCUGAUGAGUAAGUUUGAGAGAUGGGGGUUUCUUAGACCAGUUCUUGAUCUUUGGGGAAAAAUGACAGAACAGGGUUUGAGUCCAGAUGAAUCUGCUUAUCAUGUCUUGAUUGAUGCUCUUGUGCAGAAGGGAAUGGUUGAUUUAGCUCGCAAGUAUGAUGAUGAGAUGUUGGCUAGAGGUCUUUCACCCAAGCCAAGGAUUGUUUUGGGUGACACAAACGACUAGUAUAAAACUGCCUGAUUCUACGACUUGUAUUGGCCUAAGGAAAUGCUUGCCUUGUUUUCGAUUGGUACUUGUUGCAGUCAUCUUUUCAUGGCCGAACAUCGAAGCAUCACAUUCGAUUGCCACUCCAUGAGCAAAGCUUAAAGCCUCAUUUGAUCUUUCAUAUUUGAAAGUGAUGACUGCAAUCUCAAUGUGAGACGAUUCUUCAGACAUGAUCAUGAAAGAAAAUAAUCCAGCUAAGAACAAUGCAGCUAGACUCAUCAAUUCUCAAGCAAAAUUCAACAGUCACAGAAAAGUUGAUUUCAAGUCACAGAAAAGGUGUUUUUGGAAAGCUUUUCUAAAACAAUGGUUUUCUAGCCACAUGAGUCAGGAACCCUACAGAUUUUUGAGCGACUCGUAUUUACUUCUCUUAAAUAUUUGGACGGUUUCUAGCAAGAAGUUGUAUUGUACAAAUAUGAAGAGAGCCCUCCCUGUCAUCUUCACCAUUAAUUUGUUUGGGUGACCAAGACCAUGAUAUUCAUUUCACGCAAAACUUGUGUUUCUAACUUCCAAAAUAAG